AACAUAAACUAUCAGAGUUCUCUUUGUACCUUUACCCGGACCUUCAUCACUGUCCCUGCCAGAAAUCCCAGCCUUUGCAUCAUGAAUGAUGAAUUAUUUGUGAGGAUCUCCGCUUCAAGUGAGCUCAAGAAUGCAUUUUCUGUCCUACUGUACACACUUUCCUCGAGUUCUGUGCCCAUUUUAUCCCAGGAACAGAAGGAUAUGAUUCGGACAUUAUCUAUCCACUCUGGGAUGAACUUUCAGUCUUCUCAUAAGUUCCUUGAGGACAACAAUUGGAACUACAGCACAGCUUUUCAGAGCUUCACUGUGAUGAAGACUGAGGGAAAGAUCCCAGAAGAGGCUUUUAAAGAAACUCCCUAAAGGGAGCCUUUGGAUGUUAUCUUUAUCUACAGCAUAAAUGAUU